UUUGGGUUCUUUGAAUAUACAUUUACUCUUCAGGUUUACGUUGAUGGUGAUUCUUCCGUUAGUCUAGACAAAACCGGACAUGUGACUGAGUCUGGACCAUGGGGACAAUGGACACCCGAAGAAUGUUCACGAACAUGUGGUGGUGGUGUACAAGUCGAGAAGCGACAAUGCUCUGGGGACUGCACAGGACCAUCAGUUCGAUACGUCUCAUGCAAUCUCGAUCCUUGUCCGGAAGGGACGGAUUUCCGCGCGGAGCAAUGCGCUCAGCACAAUGACGAUGCUCUAGAUGGCAACUAUCACAAAUGGCAACCUUACAAAGGCAAAAACAAAUGUGAAUUGCUUUGCAAACCUGAAAAUGGUAACUUCUACUACAAGUGGGACGACAAAGUCGUCGAUGGCACCAAGUGCGACGCCAAGAGUGACGAUAUCUGUGUAGAUGGUGUAUGUCUACCAGUCGGUUGCGAUGGAAAACUUGGAUCGGGUAAGUAUACGCCCUUUAAUUAAAG